UCAAAAACAUCUGAUAAAUCGGUUGUGAUUGUGUGUGGUGCACUUAAAAAUAAUUAAAUUUUUAUUUAUGUAGUAAACAUAGCUGUAGGUAGUUUCUUGGACAUUGUCAUAUUUAUGAUUUCUGCGUGCAUAAUUUUUUUACUUUACCCUGAUUUAUUUCUUUAUAAUGUGAGUGAUAAUGGAAUUUGAUUCUCAAAGCCAGUGUUCAGAUGAAGGUGUUGAAUUAUCCCUAUCAGAACAUGGACUUAAUUUCCCCAAUGAAUUCAUAUUCAGUGAUGAAAAUCAACCAGAUUUUGUGGAAGCAAAAGUUGUCUAUUUACUCUUACCUAGAAAUGUUCCAGUGUCAAGAGCAGCAAGAGUACAGUGGCUUUUGGAUCACUUAAAUAAGAUUGUCUCUCCCUCCAAUUGCAAAUCUUUUGACGCGUCCCAAAACAUUGAAGUUCUAUCCGCUGUAGGAAGGGAGCAAAACUCAAACUUAAAAUGCAACCGUUUUUUAAUUACUUAUCGGACGGAAUUGAAGUUUAUGGCCCAUUCGUAUCGAUUCGUUUAUUGUUUCGAUAUGAGCCCUAGCCAUGCCAACGUCGAUACGGAUGGGAAAGAGUUUUUAUUUGAUCAGAUAUUGCACGUAUUCCGGACUACCAUAGAAGCUUUAUCAAAACAGUUUACAAUACCAGGCAAUACAAUUAUUUUCCAACCUACAAUCUAUUUAACUAUUAUGGUAAAUACGCCGUUUUUCGUAAGUCCAGCUCAGCAAGUUAUAUUAAAGGGCGUAAAACUCAUGUCACAAAAUAUCAAGGAAAUAAUUAAAUGUGUCGAGCUUCACUUUGAUAUGUUAGAGGAAAAAAUUGCUGAAGUUUGUAUACAGGCGCUCGAUAAGCUCGACAACCAAAAAAUAUCUAGUAGAGAAACAAAUGGUGGUUUUGAACAAGUUAAUAUAGGAAAACCAUCAAAAGUGCCUAUGGUAACAGCAGAUGCUAAUUUUGUGAAUAUGUUAAGAUAUUCCAUGUUAGCAAUAUCACUAUUACCUGAGAUUACACUUAGUCAUAUUCUAGUCAUAACAGAUGGGAUUGUUGCAAUGCCCGAUUCAAAUGUGAUGGAGACGCUAUUGCAUCAAUUGCAUUACGAUGCGGUAGCUGUUUCUUUUUUGAAAGUAGGAUCAAGCUAUCAGCCUCAUUCGGCUGCUGGCUUAGUUUCCUAUUUCGAUUUGUUAGAUUUUUUUGCUCAUUCUACGUUAGGUACCUGUUUAGAAUCAUUUCCUAAAAUAGUACAUGAUCCGUCUUUUUUACUAAAUUUUUAUCAAGACUUCUUUUUGAUCUGGUCGUUUCAUAAUAGGAAUUACAUUAAGGACUCGUUUAUCAGAUCUUGUGAUAUAUCAAGUUGUCGCACAUUAACAAAUGAUAAAUAUUAUAACCAAAGACUGCCGACUUUGUUGUCUAAAAGACAGACUGAAGAUAGCACUGGUGCUUCCAUAACACUUUUAUUAGCUAGAAGAAUGAGAGAAGGUUUUAUCAUAGAUGAUGUAUUUUAUAUGAACGGUAAUUUAAUGAUAAAUUUAAUACACCAAUGGAAAUCAUCGAUAUUUAUUCACUAUAAAUUAAAAUGUUUAUGGCCGGCUACGAAAAAUGUAACCUAUUUUGAAAUUUCAGUGUACGCUCCAUAUGACUUUCUCCACGAUAUGACCUGUAUGAUCAAAAAAGAAACUAAAUCAGUUUUUCGUCAAGCUAUAAUCCAAAGAUUCUGGAGUCGACUUUCUCAAAUAUCUUCCGGCGAUUUAAAUUUGGCAGUUCAAUUGAGUAAUCUUACUAAUAAUAAAGAUUGGUAUACGUUGCCAGAGAGCGUUCGAAGUGGUAUAGCCGUGUUCAGUUCGAACAAUACUAUGUCUUCUGAUACCACUAAACUAAACUUGACCCCUAGGGAUCUUUCUUGUUUGAAAUUCAUUAACAUAUGGCAAGAUAUCAGUCAGAUGGAAACAAAUCACUGGAGAAAAUGGUUUCAUACUUACAGAAUAUCUUUAGUUUUAACACAUGACAAUCCACUUCCUAGUACAUUGUAUAUGUCAAGUUCAUCGCAAAGAUAUCAGGUUGUGCAAUGUAGAGAAGCCGUUACUGCUCUCUAUGGAAUGUUAAGUAAAUGGGCUUCUUUUAUGUUGAUAGAGAACCAUACGUACUUAAAACUAAUUUACAAAGAACAUGAAUGCGUACCAAUUGGGUUCUGUAUAGUUAGAGUUAGUUCAAAAUUUCCUAGUGCUGUACUUAACCUCGGAUUUUCUACUGAUAUGCCUGGGCAAAUUAGACUCCAGACUUUUGAAGCCCUUAAAUCUGAACUAACUUCACUCUCGUACAUACCUAAAGCAAAAGGUUUGUCAUGUUGCGUGCUACUACAUAAACCUUUAGAAAAGAUCUUAAUUCGUUACGAAAAGGUACCUAAUAGUUAUACAACAGUAGUUUUCCCCGAUGGUACACAACCUCCAGAUAAUUCUAGUUGUUUUUCUUCGUCAGUUAGCGGUUCUCUGUUUACCACUUUAUCUCGCUAUUUGUUUCACAAAAGAUGGAUUUGGAGAGCCAAUUAUGCUCCUAAUCCCAAACUGCCUGAUUUGUCUACGUCCAGAAUACUGAACGCUUUAACUAGUAUGCGAUUGGAAGAGGGUUUUCAUUUUGCUUAUUCAUCAUCGGGUAUAGUUACGAUGGUUUUAGAAGUAAUGCUAGAACCAAAUACUAGUUGUGUGGUUCAGUAUGUUCUAUUUCCUCCGCAUUACAACUGGGGUGAUGAUUACUACAGUGGUUCAGAGGAUGAUACUGAACCUAUAUCAGAUAUGGAUGCUGAGCUACAACUUGUAACAGAAGUUUGGAUAGAGCCGCAGUAUGGAACAGUUCUACCUCGCAACUCAAGAAUUAACUAUAUCAAUGGUAAAAAUUAUUAUGAAAUAGCUGAUGCGAUAAAUCAAGUUGAUUAUGGUUGUAUUAAUGUGCUUUUGACAAUGGAGCAUAUGUCACUGAUGUGUGUAAAUAAAGCCGUUCAUAACCUCAGUGCUGGUCCAGAGAUGGUCACCAGCAAAAAAAGAACAGCUUCUCAAAAAAGCAGUUCAAGAAUUCCUAUUUUUGACAGUCAAAGUCAUUCUGUACCUGAAAUCGGAUCUGCUUGGUAUCCAAUAAUAACUCCUCGCAUAGAACACAUUCCAUUUAAGUUUGAUCCCGUAGGGAUUUUACAUUUAUGCCAGCAGACUGAAUUAAUAUACUCAAUGCUGAUAGAGGAUAGGUGUAAAAACUCGACAGAGAAUAAAGUAGAUAAAGCUAACAAAUUAUUGCUAGAUAAUAUUUUCGAGCAUUUCUCGUUACUUCAUGACAGAGAUUUAGAAUUAACAAAGGAGAAUUCGGAAAACUUUACGAAAGAAAUUAUUUCAAGGCAUCACGAGAGACUGAGUUGUCGCAAUUGCCCUAUAUCAGAAAUUAACCCUGACCUUAUAUCAAGCCUGAAUUGGAAAUGUUAUAUUAAGGGAGUUUCUUUGACACAUGUAAUUAUUACAUUUUUACCUGCUUCAAUUGAGGACGUCAAAUCGUUAACAGGAAUUUGCAGUAAUAAAAUAAGUGACAAUAUUGAAGAAAGAGCAUCUUCGAGAACUAGUAACAUCAGUGACGUACCUAUUUAUACCCCAAAUUCUCUCUGCUUGCCCGUAUACGUUUACGAUUGUCCUAUAAAGUUACUAAUUAAUUCUUUUAUCGAUAAUGAAAGGACCAGAAGACCAGCUUCAGAUGAUUUUUUUGAAGAUCACAGAUUUGUGAGUGGUGUUCAGGAAGAGUGUUUUAGAGAAAAAGAAAACAACAGUGAGAGUUCAGAUGAUACAGAUCAUACGGAUAAUAAAAAAUUUCAAGAGCACUGCAAAGCGUUGACUUUUACUCAUUCCAAAUGCUUCACGCUAUCAUUAUUUUUGGCCUUACAUUUGGACAUUUAUAUCUGCAAUUCUGACAUUCAGAGUGCAAUGGAUAUGUGCGAAGAAGAGCUGAUACAAAUCGAUAUUUUGGAUUUUAUUAAAAAUAUUUGCAGUCACGUGAAACAGAAUAAAGACGACAAACUAUCCGUUCAAAUGUUAAGAGAGGCACAUCCUUGCAGGGAUAUUACCAACUACCAUAUGCUUAUUAAAAGGAAGUUUUUUAGCAUACUGUGUUCAUCUUUCCACCGUGUUCCAAGUAACGGAGAAUAUUAUUAUUAUAAAUACCUUUCGAUCAAACCGGAAGAACCUGUCAAUGACAGUGAUGACGAAGCCAGUGUGUAUGCGUCUGAUAUCGAAUUCAGAGGUGAAAGAGAAAUGAGCAUAUAUUCCGAAGACCCCCAUUUACUUUCAAGGGAUGUUGAAGUGGGGUUGUCUGAAAUAGCUAAACUAAGUGAUGUUAGUCCGCUUUUUCUUCAUCUCACUUGCACGGUGAAAUAUAACGGAGGUCACGCAAAUACGUCAGUUAGAGUUUUACCAACGUGUUUAGGAGAGCUGAUACAGAAAUUGAAUUCGGAAGAAUUUAUAGAUAAACCUCAACUACAAAUUACUUUAGACAUAUUAUGUUUGACUUUACCUCCCAGUGUUCAGAAUAUAUUGACCGAAUACUCGCAGCAAGAUGAUAGAAAUACUUCCUUUUGUUCCGACGGGUUUCAAAGAAGCCUUAGUUCUGUAUCUGAUAGUAGUGCAAUAUCUGAUUUCCAAGUACAACACAAAGCUUUAACUGAGGCUCAAAGACAGUCAGUAGACCGUCUUUGUGAGGAAAUCAAGUGGCUUCUUGAAGAUGAAAUAUGUACAACUUUACUUGAUGCCAACCAUGUUACAAUGGACAUGUUGAACUACGUCAUAAAGCACGUUAGCGAAGGUCAUCCUUCAAAACCGUCGUGCAGAAUCAAUAAAAUUGUUCUUAAUUUUGUCUUUACUAACGACAAAUGCCACGAGAAAUUUUUGGAAGAAUUCUCAAAAAUGCCAUUGCCAUUGGGUUACAAAUUGUGCCAGGAAGAAGAAUAUUAUUAUGUUGCAAAAAAUGAAAUCCUUAGAGAUAUCAUGGAAAUGAGCCCGAAGUCAUAUUUUGUAGGUCAUUCCGAGAGCAAUGAUUAUGGAAUGUGUAUGCAAGAAUUAUUUAAAAGUACUUCCUCUUUGAGGGUAAAUAGUUAUAGGGAAGAUACAAUGUCCCAACAAAGUGAAAUUUCAAGCGAUGGUAUGUCUGGAACUGAAGCAGGUUAUGACGAAGAUGUUAGCGAUAACGACGAAGACUGGGAAUGGCUAAACAAUUUAAACGAUAAAAAACCACUGCUCUCUAACUUUUGGAUGAUAUUAAAAGUAGACCAGGAUCUCGUUCAUAGUUAUUUUCACUGCAGGUUUUUAGAAGCAACGGCUCACGUUAGGAAUUAUAAAAUGGUAGAGAGUGGAGUACGCGAUUCGAUAGUAGAUCUUUGCAAGAAAGUCAAUCAGUUGCUUUUACUCCAAGCUCUCUAUGAGACUAAAAAAUGUGACCCUCUUUUGGAACCUGAUGACGUUUCAAUAAACGACAAUUUGAUCUCAAAAAGCAUAAGCAAACUUCGACAAGCUGAUCUGGAUGCAAGUGAUGAUUCGGAAGUUAAUUUAAUCUCUCAUUCAGUAUCAGAAGCCUCUAUAAAUUUCAAACCAGGAUUUUUUAGUUGUCCAGUAGUUUGGGAAAAAGUUUUUGUAUUACAUCCCCGGCUAAAAACAGGCAGUGGAGGGAAAGUUAGAGGAAUUUUGGCUUUGAGACACAUUUUAGAAAAAUUCUCGGUUCAGAAUAGAAGUAAUAUGUUUGUACAUAAAGACAAAGAUAAAAAUGUGUUUUAUUUGAGCCUGUAUGAGAGUUCUCAUAUAAACAGUAGCAGACUUUCAGUGAAACCUAAUGAUAAUGAUAGUACUACAUUUUCUAGAAGUCCUUCUAUAGCAUCUUUACCUAUUGGACAUAACAACGCACCCAAUUUAGCGAUCUCUGAACAAAGUUUGCCGUCCAUUUCCUCAUCUGAUUUACGUCCAAGAGUUCGAUCAUUUGGAGAAAAGGAAAGUAGAUCCUUUGAAACCAAAGAAAGGGUCAAUGAGGACACAUUAGUAUUAAAAGUUCAUGGAAUCACUAAUGCCGGAACUGAACUCCAAUGCGAUUUAGUUCAGGUGUUACAAAACAGACUGGAUGAUGCUGUCCUUGAGUCUCUGUCAGUGAUGUUAGCCAGAAAUGCCAUGUGCCCUUUAACACCUGAAGAUGUAAGGUUUAUACAAAAACCUUUGGAAGGUCCAGAUCACAUUAUAAGACUAAAUAUUCAAGAUUUUAUUCUUCGUUGGGGCAAAUCAAACUCUUUUAUGUUAUAUUUAAAACAGAAUUUGCUACAAUUUUUAAAUAUUCCAAAAUAUACGGAUACUAGGCCUGAAUAUCAUUUCAAAGAUUACAGCGAGAAUGAUAAUUCAAACGGUUUAGGUUUUGAUAAUAUUUUUAUUUAUAACCAAAGUCAAACUCCAGCAGCUGGAAGUCGAGGAAUAGCUUGUAUCGUUCUAGUGUUAAUACAAAGUUCUAACACACCACAGAGUUCCGAUGUAGAGCAAGAGCUUGAAAAUAUUUUUAUAACAAAGGACUAUAAACAAUAUGUUAGUUCGGGUAUAUUAAAAGAUGAUAUUUGUCCAUCUUCAUAUUUGGAAUUUAGAUUAUGGAAACAAGGAAGAAUUAAUUUAGAUAAUUUCUCAAAGUCUCUGAAAUUAGCAGUCAGCCACGCUACUUGGGAUAUAAUCACAGAAUAUUAUUUAUUGAAACAACCAUUAUGCGUAAAAGAAUACAGCGAGAAUCCGUAUAAAGUUAAAAAGAAAUGUGAAAUAGAUAAUUUAGACUUAGAUUUAGAUAAUGAAAUAGAAUAUGAUUGUGAAUUGGGCCUGAACUAUAAUAAAAAUAUCAAAGAUAAAGCAAUUAAGUUACUUCCUAAGAAAGUAGAUGCCCAUUUUUUUCCAACUAGGAAAUACAAUAAGAGAGUGCACUCUAGCAAUAAUUUAAAAGCUUCAAGAGCCAUAUCCUGUGAUGAUAAAGAGAAUAUUUCAGAGCAAAACGAUAAUGGAAUAUUAUCGUUAAUCUAUUCAAAGUUUUUGCCUUCGUGGCUAGAAUUUGGGCAUACCAUGACUACUCCCGCUGUAAAAAAGAAUGACAUAAAAUUAGUCAACCGUCAUUUACCAUCUGUAAUAGUUAAGGAACUGAUUGUUAUGUUGAACGAUUCGCCUAAAGCUUUUAGAGCAGUGACAACUAGCUGUCUUAGUAGUAACAGUGAUAAGAUAUAUGUGCCUUUUGUGUCAUCAAAUGUAAUACAAAAGUAUAUAAUUAUUUCGAGAAACUUUCAAAAAUGGCAGAAUAUAGAUGAUGGAUUUACUGACGUCCCUGAUGCUUUGAACCCUCAAAAUUUAAAGCAUAGUCAAAAAUUUGUUCCUGGGAUUAUAAAUAACUGUCUUAUACCGAGGAGAAAAAUAUUUUGGAUUUGUGUGGACAACGAGCAUAUUUCAAUCUAUACAUAUAACUGGGCAAAAGACAAUGUAGACAAGUUGGUUAAUCAUUGUGAGAAUUUAGCAAGUUGGUUAUCUGUAAGAUCUUGCUAUUUGAAUUCUGUUACUUUACAAAAAUUGGGACUUUUUCAUAACCAACCUCUAACAAGAAAAUGUUUUAUGCUGUCUACCAACAAUUAUAAAGAUUUUAUAGGAAACUUAGAUGGCAUAUCUAAAUUCCCUAGGGACCAUUCACAUAGGAGGAACCAUCAAUCUAGUUUCAAUCUUCCAGUUAUUUUAGAGGCUUUCAGAGAUAAUUUUUAUAAUACGAAAUAUACAUGUAGUGACAUUGCUGUUGUUUUUACUAUUGAAAUGAAAGAAAUGAGAUCUUUGGAGAGAAAACAUCGAGAUGAAAUGAAAAAAUUGCAUUCCAUGUACCAGUCGAGGACAGGUACAACAUCUGUACCGCAAUUAAAUUUAUUAAUGCAGAACUCGAGAAUAUUGCAUUAUGUACACACGCCAUUACUAUUUUUGCCAAGAUGGCGCCUCAAAUCUGCCUCUACGAGGGACCACUCAUUAUAUCCGUCUCAAGCAAUACAAAUAGCUGAUAAAAUUAUGGAUAAGGAAAAGGAGAGUUGGCAUACUGAGUUGUGCUAUACAUUUUUUAGCGACUAUAGAAAUUAUUUGCAUAGUUUAGGAUUUACACCUUUACAAAUUGACAAUUCCCAAAGUACAGUGGGUGCCUGGACCAGGGACAAGUCUUCCCACAACUCUGUUUUUUAUAUCCAGCGAACUAUUUUAGGGGGCAUAUUAAUUUUUACCGUAUCUUUUGAAGAACCGUUUUUUGUUGUCAAACUGCACGCCAUUGAAUGUAACAGAUUGCAGAAUAUAACUUUCAGGGCUUCUGUAAACGCAUUUACUUUGACAUUUUUGGACGAGUGCGAUAAAGUAAAAAUUCUAAUGCAUUUACAUUCUUUUACAUACGAUUAUCACAUGCGCUGUAUCUAUAACUAUAUAUCUGGAAAUACUGUUAAACUCACCGAGAAAUACAAUGUACAUCAGUUCUUAGACGAUUUUUUAAAAUACUACAAUAAGGCACCAAAUUUUGCUAGAAAUUUAGUUCAUACAGAUACAUUGACUAUUGGGAAUUUAGUCACAGAGGGAAAACAGUUAUAUGAUUAUUUGCUAUCAAAUGUUCAUCAGUAUGGUUUUAAAGUUUUGGAAAUGGAUGAUGGAUGUUUAGAAUACAUCCUCGUACAAGUGACAACAGCUAAACAUGUUUCUUACAAAGAUUCUCAAGACCGACAACAUACUGACGACUUUGAUAUGACAUUGGUUGUUUACAAUUUGUGUACACCAUUUAAACCCACCGAUAACGUAUUACAUUUAAGAUAUUACCUCAUACUGACGUCUAAAAGAGAUACAUAUCCUAUGUUCGAAAAUGAACAAAAACUUGGAAAAUUUCGUACAGUUUCAUUUACCGCUUCUUUAGAAGCAGACUCGAAGUCAAACACUUCCAAAUUAGAAUCUAGCGGGGAAGGUACAGAUCCUGAUAGAAGUAAAGAAAGUAUUGAAGAAGGAUCUCUGAGUAGAUCUUCAGAAGAUCCACCCUUAAGUAAACGCCUAGCAAACGUUAGGAUUCGCCAGGAGUCAGUCAAUUAUUUGGGAUAUUAUUCAUCUCAUGAACAAAGUAUGCAACAGCUCAUUUUGGACAAAGCUAAAUCCACACAAAAUGAUAUCAAAGAUAUGGUAUCAAGAGGUAUGGAACAUUGCAGAACAAACCUUCUUUGGAACAGACUGAUAUCACCUCAAGAAAGCAAUCACCUAACUUUCGAGGAAUUUAUAGAGUUGAAGCAAUUAUCCAAACUGAAGCCUCUGUACGAUCUGCAUCCGAAUUUGAGGCAGUUGUUGAUUAAGCCCUUCCAGUGGUAUCAAGGCCUUACUAAAUUGCUGCUAGCCAAAUAUGAACAUCAUCACAGAAUAUUUUCGUCAGCUGAUGGAAAUGUUGUAUAUUAUAUCAUACUGCAUCCUCGAUAUUAUGGUGCUUUUAUGAUGCUGAGUUUAGAUUCUCACACAGUUCGCGGAGAACUACACGCCGUUUAUCGUGAACCACACAAACAAGCAGAUGUCGAUCCACUAGGUUUGGGAUAUGAAAAGUCACUGCGGGAUGGAUUCGUUAGAUGUAUAUGCUUUUAUUUGUGGUCAGGAAUGAUAUGCAAUUGAACUAAUUAUCCUUUUUUAAUUAGUUUUGUUUUAAAUAUAAACGAAUACCUUUUUACAAAUUCCGGCUAUUUUUUUAUAAUUGUUUAUUUUAUAUACUUCUUUUCAAAUGUUUUUAAGUUUUUUUAACUGACAUUUUAUAAUUGUUGUGUAAUUUUAGGACGUAACAAUGUAGUUUUAAAGCUCAGUAUACUGUGAUACACGUACAAAAAUGUGCCUAACAAUUUUUUAAAAUACUAGUAUACUGUAAGUUACUAAAUCAAAAUAUUUUUUUAUGUGCCAUAUAUAUUUAGAUAAAAGAUCGCCUACAUCCAUUGUCGCUUCAUUUUCGAAAAAUAUUCAUUUCUCAUACAGUUCCAAUUUUUGUACAAUAUGAUUGUUUUUUAUUUGUUGUAUUGUUCGUUGUCAUAUAUUUUUAUAAGUUGUUUUUUAUGACUAAAUAAAUAAGUUUAAUUGUGUGA